UGGCACAGGCAGCAUAUCGGGGGCAGUCAGGGGUCGGAACUUCACAGAGAUCCCAUGGAGUUUGGUGUCGGAACUGUCUAUGUUGCCGCAACAUGGGACUCUGGGUCAGCCUCACUGCCGCUGUACUUGUGUGGGGAGCCGUGUUGUUCAGCAGCAGCCAGCAGGUUCACGGAGCUUCUUUUUAUGGUGAGAGUUACAUCGUGUUAAGAAAUGUGGAAUCCUUUUCUAAGUUCUCCCUUCAGCUAAGUUUUCGUACGUACAAGCCAUAUGGAUUACUUUUCCUGGCAGCUGGGAAGACCGAGUACUGCUUGGUGGAACUACUUUUAGGACGUGUACAGGUAAAGAUAAACUUUGGUGAAGGUGAACAUGUCCUCCUUAUUGAACAAGGACCACGUUUAGAUGACUUGGAGUGGCAUCCUAUUACACUAAACCAUGAAAAUGCAGAAGUUACUCUUGUUGUUGACAAUGUCUAUAAAGCAAGUGUAAAAAUGCAUGGAAGAGGUUACAAACUCAGUGUGCAGCAUGGGCUUUAUGUUGGUGGGCUUGGGGAACUUCGUGUUCCUUACAUAAAAAGUUCAAAUGAUCAUUUUCGAGGAUGUCUGGAAUAUGUUGUAUUCAAUGAACAUGAAUUACUUUCCUCUUUAAGAUCAUAUCCUGGACUAAAAAGUGUUUAUGAAGUUUCUCUGGGAUGUAGUGAUGAGUUUUUUGUCGGUGAAGAGGACCCCAUCAGUUUCUUUAGCUCAAAGUCCUACAUAGCUUUGCCAUCUUGGAAUGUUGGGGAAGGAGGAACCUGGGAGUGUGUACUGCAGGCUUCAACUGGAAGAGGUUUGGUGCUUUAUCAUUCUGGAUUUGAAGGGGAAUUCAUUUCAUUGGAAAUCCAAGACUGGAUAGUAAAAGUGUAUUAUGGGAAAGGAAAAGAUAUAGUCCAACUUUCAUCCUUAAGUCGUAUCACUGAAGAUAAGUGGCAUUUCAUUAAGCUUAAAAUCACAGCAAAACAUCUGUAUCUGACACUGGAUAAUGGCACUGCACAGAUGCCUCUUACUUCUCAUACCAAAACUCUUCAGCUAAAUGGGCCAUUGUAUAUAGGUGGUGUAGAUGAUGCCACCCGUCCACAAGUGAUAAGAUUAGGUUUAUCUGCAGUUUCUGGAAAGUUUGGAAAAGGAGGCUCAUUUAAAGGUUGUAUGAAAAGUAUAAAAACCAAUACAGUUAAAUAUGGUUUAAAAAAUGUUUUGUCUUCUAAGGAUGUUUCACCUGGUUGCAAAACCGAAAUAAUUGUAACCACUCUUCCACUACUAAAAAUGGAAACCCUUAAUUUUUCAACACUUGGUCCUAACAUACAUUCGACCACCAAUUCUCUGGCAGUGCAGGAAAAUAAUGUCAAGGAACAGUUUAUUGUACUAAAUAACUUAGUAGUUCAAGAAGGUGGCAGAGCUUCUUUGCAAUCUAAGCAUAUCAAAUUAAAUUUGGAUUUUAAAAAGUUGGGGCUUCGUCAAUCACAAGUUACAUUUAAAAUAAUUGAGCACCCUCAACAUGGUCAAUUGAAAAUAGAGGUUUCUUCACAGCAGGAGAAGGACACAUUCACUAUGUUAGAUCUUUGGCAUGGAAGAAUUAUAUACAUACAUGACGGCUCUGAGGGAGCAGUGGACCAUUUUAGUUUCUCUGUUUCUGCAAGCAGUAAGAAAGAGAUUCCAUCGUAUUUACAAGGUUUCGAACAGCAUUUGUUUACUAUUUCUGUUACUCCUACAAAUGAUGCUCCAGAACUUGCUCUGCCAGAGGGAAACCUUUUUGUUUUAUUGGAAAACUCAAAGAAACCCCUAACUGCUAAUUUGAUUAAAGUAUUUGAUGUGGAUACAGAGCCUCACAGUUUGAAUUUAGUCGUACUUGGCAAUCUUAAUGCUGAUGCUGGAUUUUUAGAAAAUGUAAAAGAUCCAGGAAGGGCAGUAACAACAUUCACCCAUGAAGAAUUACUUGAAGGAAAAAUAUUUUAUGUACACCAUGGGGUGAAAAAUUCAAGGCUUGUACUCCGGGUAAGUGAUGGUGAUAAAGUAAGCAACACAGUGGUGCUUCGCAUCUUGGCUGUACCUCUUGAAUAUAAGGUAGUUAAUAACACUGGAAUAGAAGUAGUACAAGGAGAAAGUGCUUUGAUACUAACAAACAACUUGGCUGUUGACACAAAUGCUCUGAACCAAGAAUUGGAUAUCAAAUAUGACAUUAUUGAAACUCCCAAAUUUGGCCAGAUCCAACGACGGGGCACUGGAAAUGAAUGGAAGCCUGUAACUUCAUUCACUCAACGGUCUCUGGAGCGUGAGCGAGUACGAUACCUAAGUACUUUUAAGGAAAUCCAAGAAACUGAUGUUAAAGACAACUUUAGGUUUAAAGUCUCCAUAGCUAACAAGAUAAGUGAAGAGCAUAUAUUUUCUGUUAAUGUUCAGUGGCUUAAAUAUACUGUGGUGAAUAAUGCAUCGUUAACCGUGGAGAAUGGAAAGAAAACUACCAUUACCUCUGAUAACCUAUUUACUGCAGUGCAAGGACUUAAAAUACAGGAUAAAGAAAUAUUUUAUAAGUUGGUUUCUCUGCCAGAAAAAGGAAAUAUUAUUCUUAAAAAUAUGGUUUUAAAGCUAGAUGACAUGUUCAGCCAAGUAAAUAUCUCAAAUGGUGUUGUUGAAUAUCAACUGAUUGAUCAGCCUCAUGAAGAUUCACAGGAUUAUUUGAGCUACGCAUUGUUCACAAAGUACGCAGAAUCUAAAUUGCUUAAAUUCAUAAUUAACAUUAAGGCUGAUUUAAACAGUAUUUUUCUAACAAACAAAGUCUUGACUAUAUCAGAAGGGGAUGCAAAACUUAUAACUAAUGCUGAGCUGUUUGUGCAAACUUUGAAUAAUAAAACAUUCAACUACAAGGUUUCUAAGAGCCCUCAACAUGGAACAUUAAAGUUAAUUAAUUAUUCAGACUCUCUUGUAAGCAAUGAUAACAUCACUGCCUUUUCCAGUCAAGAUAUUUUAAGUGAGCGUCUAAUGUAUGUCCAUGAUGACUCAGAGACUGUGUCAGAUACAUUUACAGUUCUUGCUUACUCUACAGUUCCUAAAAAUGAUGGCCUUGAACAAAGUGUAAUUCCUCUGCAGACUGAAUUAGUCUUUAAUAUAUCAGUAGAGCUGAAGAAUGAUGAGAAGCCAGUUCGCGUAGUUGACCAACUUUUUCAUGUAGUUAGGAAUGGUCAGAGAUUGGUCACACUGGACGACCUUUGUUAUCAUGACCCCGAUUCAGAUUUUAACGAUGGAGAACUUUUAUAUUCGAGACGUGGAAUUUCAAAUGGAGAUCUAGUAUCUUUUGAUAAUCCUUCUAAAAAGGUAUACCAGUUUACCCAAGAAGACUUAGAAAAAAAGCGUGUACUGUUUGUACACCAUGGAAGUGACUAUGGACGUUUUGUUUUGUUUGUAACAGAUGGGAAACAUUACACAUCAUCACUUCUAGAAGUUAGUGCAUCAGAUCCUUAUUUGAAAAUAGUAAAUAACACUGGACUAUUGGUCCAGAAAGGAAAGGAAAAGAUUCUGUCAACGGCCAACCUUAGUAUUGCAACAAACAUGUUUAUCACAAGUGACGUGGACAUUAUGUAUCUUCUACUGCUGCCACCCAAGCAUGGAAAAAUCUAUCUGCAGAAUUUGUCUGUAGAAUCUUUUACACAUCAAGACUUAAGAAAUGGUCAUGUAGUUUAUAAACAUGAUGACAGUAACAAUCUUUUGGACACUUUUACUUUGACUGUGAAAGUCGAGAGCAUUAAAGUGAAUGUAGACAUUAAUGUACGGAUGUACUUAGAAAGUCAUCAGCGCCCACCGAAGUUACUUCGUGUUGACAACCUUUUAGCUGAAGAAGGAAAGCCAGUUAAGAUUGAUAAAUUGAAGUUGCAAGUUGUUCACGAGGAUAACUCUCCCAGCGAAAUACUUUUCACAGUAAUAACACCUCCAUCUCAUGGAUAUAUACGUACAUACAAAUCCAUUGAAGGUGGACAUUUAACUCUGGAACCAAGUUCUCUUGUAACAUUUACUCAGCAAAAUAUUAAUGAUGGUAAUGUACAGUAUGUGCACACUGACUUUGGGCAGCUGCAAGAUAACUUUACACUGGAUGUAACCAAUGGCAUCCGAGAAAUUGUAGGAAUUUCAAUGUUUGUGGAUAUUAUUCCUAUUGUGAUUCCACUGGAGGUGCACAACUUCACUGUGAUGGAAGGCGCAUCUCAAUCCUUGACAAAGGGAUAUCUGAGGAUCACUAACAAGCAUUUUGCUGGCCUCAAUUACGAGUUUGUCUUUACAGACUUGCCAAGACAUGGUUAUAUUAAAAACAUCCGACUUCCUGGAGAAAAGCUUACAGGAUUUACAUGGAAACAGGUGGAGCAAGAGCUCAUAUUUUACGUGCACGAUGACAGUGACACUUUGCUUGAUAACUUUACUGUUGUUGUAAACAGUACUGAUCUUUCCAAGCAGAGUCUGCCUCAAACAGUGUUUAUAUCUGUUACACCAGUAAAUGACGAGCCUCCAGUAAUUACCGCUAACCGCAUAUUUCGGGUAUGGGUGGGGUCCAUAACUGUAGUUACCUCUGAUGAUCUAUCUGCUGAAGACCAGGAUUCAUCCCCAGCAGAUCUUCUCUACUCCAUUACACCACCUAGCAAUGGUCACCUAUCACUCAAGUCUUCUCCAAAUAGAAUUAUCCUCAAUUUCACUCAGGAGCAUAUAAAUGAGGGUCAAGUGGUAUUUGUACACAGUGGAGCAACGUCUGGAGGAUUUAACUUCCAGGUUACAGAUGGCUUAAAUUUUGCACCAAGACAAAUUUUUAGUAUCACUGCAAGAACCAUGGUUAUUAAUCUACUAGUGAACAAAGAACUGGGUGUAUUUCCAGGAACACAGAGGACCAUAUCUUCUGACAUGUUGAAAGCUGUAACUAAUGAUGAUGAUGACGACAAGCAAAACAGGACUGUGACUUUCACGGUUACCAGUCCACCAAAACGUGGACGACUUCUGAAGUUCAUUUCAGAGAAUAUGACUGAGGAAAUUAACAGUUUUUCACAAAAAAUGGUAGAUGACGGACUACUAAUUUAUGAGCACACAGAAAAAGCAACUCUGCUUUGGAACACUCAGGACUCUUUUACCUUCACAGCUUCCUCUCCUCCUGCUGCUUUGGAAUCCCAAUUAUUUCUUAUUACUAUCUCCUAUGAGGUUAAAGAUCCUUCCAGGCAAACUAGCCUUCUAGCCAAUACAGGUUCUGCUGUUGAAGAAGGAGGCAAGAUUCUAAUAGACAAAUCAAAGUUAGAUGCAUCAAAUCUUUUGGCGAAACUCCCUGAAUCCCAGCGUACGUCUCAGGAAGUUUGGUAUCAGGUGACCUUGUUGCCUAAGCAUGGCAUGAUCAUUGUGGGCGAUAGAAACAUUACUAAAGAAAAACCCAACUUUUCACAAUAUAUACUUAAUAAGUUUGGCAUUACAUAUGUACAUGAUGGUUCAGAGUCACUUAAAGAUAAUUUUACUUUUGCUGCAUGGGUAAAUUCAAAAAGCAAGUCUGCAAUUAAACCUGAAGCCAACAUAGUAGAAGAGAUGUAUAACAUUACUGUUCUACCUGUAAAUGAUCAGCCUCCUGAAUUAAAGACCAAAAGGCCGCACUUAAAAGUCCUGCAAGGAAAAAUGAUAGCGAUUGAAACUGAAAAUCUGAAUGUUGAAGAUCUAGAUAAUCCCCCAGAAGAUAUUAAAUACACCAUUAUAAGUGCACCUAGCAAUGGUUACUUGGCAGACUAUGAAAACCUAAAUGUUUCCAUUCAGCAUUUCACACAAGCAGAUAUUAACACAGGUAGAGUAUGGUUUGCGCAAGAUGGCAGCUCCUCUUCUGGGGCAUUUUAUUUUAGCGUGACCGAUGGAAAGCACAAACCAUUGUAUAAAUUGUUUAAUCUGGAAGUGAUUCCAGUGUCUAUCACCAUCAUUAACAAAACAAAUGUGAUCUUACUACAAGGACAAUCCUAUGUAACUAUUAGAAAUGCCCAUUUAGCAGCUACAAGUGAUGGAAGAAGCACAGUUAUUAAUUAUGAGUUGGUACAACCACCUAGUUUUGGCCAAUUUGUAAUUGACAGUGUAUCAGUCACCAGAUUUGACCAGACCGAUAUAGAACUGGGAAAACUAACUUACCAUGUAGUAAACUUCACUGAACCUCAGGAUAGUUGUGAGUUAACACUGUUUACUUCAGAAAGUAAUCUCACAGGACAAGUAUUAAACUUUACAGUGGAACCUCUCUUGAAGCUAACAUCUGGGAUUAAAAUCCCAACCGGUACCAUAUAUGUAUUAAAAACUAAAGACCUAGAUGCAACAGAGUUGGGGAACUUGACAAGUAGUGAUCCGCAAUAUCAUCUACUUGAGUUACCAAUGUUCGGAAGACUUUUAAGAAAACAUAUUUCUAAGAAGGACAUAUAUGAAGAUACUGAAAUGUUUACACAAAGUGACAUUGAGACCGGAACAAUAAUGCUGAAAGUAGAUGCUAACAUAACCGAUAUGGAAACAUUGAAUGAUUCAUUUUCGUUCUUACUUACAGCUGAAAAUGUGCCACCAGCAAAAGCCUUCUUCCCAUAUCUUAUUGUGCCAUAUGAUCCUCUGCUUGUUCAGGUUGUGACAACAAAAGAGCCUUUAUUAUGGAGCACAAGUUAUUUGCACAUGGGUUCAGCCUCUGAGAAGAAGACUCCACCUAUCUUGGAAAACAGUACUAGCACAGCUGUUCCCAUAAAGACUGUGCAAAGAUGGGGUAGUCGAAAUCGUUGGGGAAAUCAAAAAAAUGAGACAUCCUUUUCUGCAGAAAUAGCAACAACAAGCUCUUUUAUUAAGGCAACCACAGUUAGAUUAGCUACCAUAUACGCUAAAGCAGAGCCUAAUAAGGCCAGCAACUCGCUCUCCAUAAUUCUUCCACUGGUAAUUCUUGCGGUUGUUAUACUUGCUAUUAUUUUACUUGUGUGGUUUCUGAUUGUGAAGCGUAAAGCUAAAAAGAUGCUACCACAUGUGAGAAGCCAUUCAUAUAGCAUAGUUCCACAAGUCCAAUCCACGUACACAGAGAGAAGUCCAACUGUACCAAGUGUUACGGUUACCCCUCUACAAAAAGUAACUGAAAAUGUAUCUGUAAGCCCCCUACUGGCAACCAGAUAUGAACAUCAUUUUCCGAUCUCUGAUCCUAAUGGUACAAAUAAUCAGCAGAACUCUUGGUUGCAUAUGGAUCCUGAAAUGAUACAACACUGUCGAAAAACAAACCCAACUUUGAAGACCAAUCAGUAUUGGGUAUAGCAGAAGAAUGUAACGUAAACCUUUUUGUCUUUAAUAUUAAUAAAUAAAUAUGUAUAUUUUAAUAUUUUUUUUUAUAUGUAAACAUAUUUAUUUUUGUGAUCUUGUUAUAAAAUAUUUCAUUUAAAUUUUGUAUUAUGGUAUACUUGUAUAUGAAAUAUAUAUUUUUUAUAUUAGAUUUUCAAAUCAUUGCAUGCUCUUUGUGAAAUUUUUGUAGCUUUGACAAUGAAUGCCUUGAAUUUUUUUUAA